AUGUGCCAUGGUUCAGCAUCAAUCAGUAUUAAUCAGAGGGACAACCGGCUUCGUAUUGUAACUGAUCGCAAUCAUGAUCCAGAAGCAAUUGACUUAGAUGUUUCAUUCUUGAGGAACGCACUCGAUGAAAGAGCUGUUGAACACACAGUUACAACCCCAUCAGUUCUUCAACCCCCGUGUAUUAAUUUGUUAUACUGUUUUAGACAUCCUCAAGCUGCCAUAAGCUAUACAUUCCUCCAGACACAAUCAAGAAUAAAAAGGAUGAGACAAUCAAGACGCCCACAAUUGCCUCGUGACAUUCAUGAACUUUUAGAAAUGUUGAGGAACCCCCAAAACACAAAUUACGCUUCUACAUUUCAAUUCCCUCCUUCAGCAUUUUUCAAUCAAGAAUUGAUUGUGAAUGGAGUAAUUGUAGGAGUUAUUUUUGCAAACAUUUCUGCAAUCGACAGAUAUCGUCAAGCAUUGGCUACAGUAGAGAUGGUUGGGAUAUAUGGUACAUAUAAGACAGUUCCUCAAGUGCCAAGGGACUUGCGAUAUUUUCUGACAUUUCAAAUACUCUACAAAAGUGUAGCAUUCCCAAUGGUCUAUGUCCUUUUGGGGAGUGAGACUGAAGAAUCAUACUCUGCUUUAUUCACUGUCAUACGCGAUAUUCUACCACUGAAUUAUGACAGAAUCCGUUUUGUAACCGAUUAUGAGCGUGCUCUUAUGAAUGCUGUCCAGCGAAUAUUUCCAAAUAGAGAUUUGCUCUGCUGUUGGUUCCAUUUCACGCAGUCAGUUGUUAGAUAUUGUCACCCAAAAGUUAAUGGUGUCUUGAAUUUGGUGAAGAGGCAUGAAGCGGCAGCUCGUAUUUUCAGAAUGGUCAUUUUGAGUUUUGUUUAAAAGUAAACAUUGUUGUAUUUCAUUUGUAUUUUAUAUUGCAUUGCCUCAUCUACCGGCUGAAAGGGGUAAUCCCGGGUGCCCUAAUUGUUGUAUGGAAGAUGGUUUUCAUACAAUUAUCGCGUACACCUUACAAUUUCCUGACAUCAGUGAGGUUAUGAGUCGUUUCCUGAGGGACUAUGUAUUUGAUUAUUGGUUUGUGCAAAUUGGUCCACGGUGCUUAAGCGUUUUUGGUUAAGAUCACCGGACCAACAAUUACUUGUAAUCUUUCCAUUCAACGUUGCUCACACAAAUUGGACGCCACCCUA